UCGUGCGACCGCUCGUGGCGUUCGAACACGUUUCUCUCUUAGACUCAUUGCUCUUCCUAAGCAUUGGCCUCAAAUUUAAAGCCGGUAAAACCGCGUGGUGUUUGUUCCCUAUCAGUACACGCGGAUUCAUGCGAAUUAAAUCGACCUAGUUUAUACAAACAGGAAAUCUAGUUCGCCACAUAAAUAAACGUAACCAUUCUUCUGAACGUGACUUGAGUGUGCGCUUUGAUAUUUAUAUAUUGUUUUUUUUUCCCAAACUCGUGUGUCGUGAUCGUGAGUGCAACUUUAGGCGGUCUUUUAAGAAUCAGCUGGUGCUACACACACAUACACUUCCUUCUCACCGGGGGAUCUCGAGAUAUUUUUUUUCCCAUUCCUUUUUGGGGUAAGCAACCAAAACGAAAUUUAUACACAGAUGCUCGCAAACUACUUUUUGUAGUUGGAGUUUUGACCACAAGUGAGGAGAAUGGCUCGAAUAUCAUUGUUGCUCAUCGGAGUUGGUAUGAUGAGCAUUUUGAGAAUGGGAAGUGGCGAACUUUAUACGGCAUUGGCUGAUAUGGAGGAACUGUUGGAGACGGAAGCCGUUCUGAUCGACACACUUCACGGCUACAUCCAAGCCCAGGAGCAACGAUUGGCGAUUCUUCGAAGGAAUGUUGAGGAUUAUUCGCGGGAACAUGAGGAUGCGUCACGCAAUAUUCAACAGUACCUGUCAAAUCCAAUAAAUGCAUAUUUAUUGGUAAAAAGAUUAACCACUGAUUGGAAAAGAGUGGAAGAAUUAUUAACACAAGACGUUGUAAAUGCUUUUGUUGCAAACAUUACCAGUUCACGGAGCGACUUGAAAUUUCCGACAGACGAGGAUCUUAAUGGUGCUGCAGUCGCUUUAAUGAGGUUACAAGACACUUACAAGCUGGAAACAGCUCAAGUUGCAAAGGGCGUUCUCAAUGGGGUUCAAUAUAGUACCGGAUUAUCAGCCGGUGAUUGUUUUGAGCUUGGCAGACAAUCUUACAAUAAUGGUGACUAUUAUCACACUGUUCUUUGGAUGCAGGAGGCUAUGGAUCGCCUCCAAGAGGAGCAAAAUAGAACAACAACUUCCAAGCCAGAUAUCUUGGAAUAUUUGGCAUUCUCUACUUAUAUGCAAGGAAACGUUGCUAGAGCCUUAAGUAUGACAAACGAACUUUUGGAAUUGGUUCCAACGCAUCAAAGAGCUUUAGGAAAUCGAGCUUAUUAUCAAGAAGAAAUUGAAAAGAAAUCUAGUCAAGUUAAAAGAAAACGAGGUGAAGAUGGUCAGGACGAUAUUGGUCUUUCAGAUCAGCCCUUUACUGUAACGGAGAAGAAAGUCAAGACAUUGAAGGAAAUGACUGAGAGGGAGAGAUACGAGAUGCUCUGUCGUGGAGAAAUUUCACUACCCGCAGAUAUCCAGAAACAAUUGAAAUGUCGAUAUGUCGACCGAGGAAUUUCGUUCUUGAAAAUAGCUCCUUUCAAAGAAGAAGAAGCUUAUCUGAACCCGAGAAUUGUGAUAUACCACGAUGUAAUUUAUGACGAGGAAAUAGAGACCAUCAAAAGAUUGGCACAACCCAGAUUUAAGAGGGCUACAGUGCAGAACUAUAAAACUGGUGAGUUGGAAAUUGCGCACUACAGAAUUAGUAAGAGUGCCUGGCUCCAGGAACACGAACACAAACACGUAAAGGAUGUGAGUCGUCGUGUUGAACACAUGACGAGUUUGACGGUCGACACCGCUGAAGAACUUCAAGUCGUUAAUUAUGGAAUUGGCGGUCAUUAUGAGCCACACUUUGAUUUUGCGAGGAAAGAGGAAACGAAUGCUUUCAAAAGUCUUGGCACUGGAAAUCGUAUCGCCACGGUUCUAUAUUACAUGAGUGAUGUGGAGCAAGGAGGUGGAACUGUGUUCACAAGAAUAAAUCUUUCCUUGUGGCCUAAAAAAGGAAGCGCAGCAUUCUGGUACAACCUGAAACCAAACGGAGGUGGAGAUUUCUUAACGAGGCAUGCCGCUUGUCCGGUACUUACAGGAUCAAAAUGGGUUGCAAACAAAUGGCUACAUGAAUCAGGCCAAGAAUUCCUGAGGCCCUGUACAUUGGAAAAUCAACCAGAAGACACUGAAGUUCCUUAUACCUUCUAAAUUUUAAUAAAAAACAAAGAAGUCUAGAACGAUGAAUUCAUUGAGAAUUUGCCAAAAAUAAACGACAAUUUUUUUUUUGGAAACCUAUAUUUUCUCUCUUGUGAAUAUAAUUUCAUUAGCGAAUCAGAAUCUCAAUUUUUACUUCAAUAAAGUCCCACGAAAAAAUAAAUCUCAAUGAAUUCAGUCAAGUUUAUUUUUAGAAAUGUUAAAUUUAAUUUACACGAAGCUGUUGCUGUGCAGCGUUUGUUUUUUUUUCAACAACUUCUCAACUCGUUAAAAUGAGUAAAUUUUGCGUAUCGAAAUUUUAAAAUACAUAUCGGCAUGGACUGCGAUGCAAAAUGAAAAAUGACUUAUCAGAAUUUUUUCCCUGUAUUUAUAUCCUAUCUGCAAACUUUGUUACAUUAUUCAGAGGGAAUUUAACGAAUUUAGAGACUGACAAUUGGCUUAAUUAUAUAUUGUGUGUAUAAGUAUUUAUCGAAGUUUAAAAGAAAAUUUUGUAUAAAAGAAAAAAGAACAAGACUGUUUGUGACAAAUUCUAAACAUUCUUUUUCCUUUAAUUUUCUUCGAAGAAUUUCUGAAGAAAACUAUUUUUUAAGAAAACAUCUCUACGUUUAAAAAUUUAUAUAUUUUUAUUCUAUUUAGCAAUCUAUUUGUAAAUUACUGCCAAUAUUUUAUUCUUUAUGCCGACGCAAUAUUUUCUGUGAAAAUUUUUUUCGUUUUUUCCUCUAGUUAUCAUUUUUGAUUCAUUUAAUAUCAAAUAGCCAAUGAAAAAAUGUGUAGUGUAAAUAAUUGAAACAUAAAGCAUUAACUAGAUACUUUAUAUCUGAUUUAAAUUUAGAGAUAUUUCGCGAAAGAAUGAUAUUUUAGAAAGAAAAUAGUCUCAAGAGCAUUGUGAUACUGCAAAAUUAAAACAAAAAAAUUUCAAGUUCUUCUUGAAUUUUUGCAGUAAUUUUGCAGUUUAGAUAGGAACUUAAUUUUAUAAUAUUUCUUAUCGUCAAAAAUCAUCCAAAAAUUCAAUUUUUUAAAAAAUAAUUAACUAAUCAAUU